AUGCUUUCAAGGAGACUGUUCGAAAUAAUAGUAGACGAUGAAUUUGAUACAAUUCCAGCAUUUGUAUCUACUCUGAGUUUUGAAUCUACUCCAGUAAAGGCUAAUGACCUUAUGUCUGUGGUGACUUCAAACAGCAAACAGAAUCUGUUUCUUGAUGAUGACGAUGAUUCCGGUCUCGGUAUGGACGACCAUAUUACAUCGAGUGUGCCGAAAUCCGCCAAGAGACGGCGUGAAGAAGACGAAACGCCUCCCCCAAAACGUCCAAAAUUUUGUUCAGAUAUAAAGGAUGUGGUAACCAAACUUGAAGAGAACGACGACUUCAUAGCCGAUGGUAGUAGAUUACAUACUUUACCAACUGUCACUGGAAAACAUUCUGAUUUGAAAAGCAUCACUCCGCAGACACUUGCUGAUGUUAUUAAUGGACACUACAAUGACGUCAUCAGUGACUACAAGAUCAUCGACUGCCGAUACCCGUAUGAAUUUGAAGGCGGACAUAUCAGAGGAGCAGAGAAUAUGUAUUUGCACGAGACCAUUUUGACUUUGCUUCGGCAACCAACUAAAGAUAAACAGAUUGUCAUCUUCCACUGUGAGUUUUCGUCCGAAAGAGGUCCUAAAAUGUUACGAUUUCUCAGAAGCAAAGACCGAGAACUCAAUAAAGAAAACUAUCCAUCACUGAACUUUCCGGAAAUUUAUUUACUAGGAGGUGGUUAUAAGUCAUUCUUUAACGAACAGCCUGAUCUUUGUGACCCAGUGAGCUACCGACCAAUGCUUCAUUCUGACCACUCAGAAGAUUUGCGACAUUUCCGAGUCAAGUCAAAGUCAUGGACUUUUGAAGAAAAACGAAGAUUUGCCAGAAAGGUGAUGAAAUUUUAG